GAGGCGUUGCUAGACUGUUCGUAUAACAAUGAUGAUGAUCAUGAUGGCCGCCGCCAUGUGCACUGAAAGUCGUCUAUGAAAUGUUUCCAUUUUAUCCCUGAAAAAUAUCGUUUGUUGGGAAUUUUAAGCACCACUGAGGUAUAAGAACAUUUUGCACAGGUUCCUAGACCCAUCUUACAGCGGAAACAUGCGGCAAACGUUAGCAAAACUUGGUGAGGUUAUGUUCAAGGGCCGCAUGUUGGGCAAAUACCCCAUCCGAAGGACUCGUACUUUCUUAGAAAGCGGGGAGAUCGUCUUUAAGGACAGAGUGAAGAUUAUGUCCGUGAACUACAACGUCUUUGAGAAGAACAGCGAAGGUGCGCGGGACUUCGUCUUCUUCCACCUGCCUCAGGUCCAGUACAAGAACCCGGAAGUUCAAGUCGUGACUUUCAAGAACUUGACCCCAUCACCUUUCCUCAAGUUUUACCUGGACGACGGAGAACAGGUUCUAGUAGAUGUGGAGUACAAAAGUCGACAGGAAAUCGUCAAACAUGUGAAGAAAAUCCUGGGAAAGUCAGACAGAGAGUUGGAAGAGAUAGCGAAGAGUCAGCAGCAGAGUAUCCACAUCGCCAACUUUGGAAUCAAGUGGCCACGAAAGUGUAUCUGCGAAAUCGAGGGCCAGCUACCGUGUUCAUCAACAGAGGACUUUCCCAAGGAACUUCGCGGAAAAUAUCAGAUGAAAAAGAGAAUGGAAGAGCGAUAUUGAGAAACUUUGCAGUACUGUGACAAAGACAGUUGAUUCAAACAAGGAGGUUAUAUCACAUAACCUCCUUGAUUCAAACAAGUAUUGAAGCGUAUAUUAGUAAAUGUUAUAAGUAGUAAAUGGUUCCAGCAUUCUCAACUUGAAGUAUGAAAUGCAAAUACUGUAAAUCAUGACAUACUUGCAAUAGUUUUAUGUUCAUUUUUUGAGGUCAUUGACCUUUCAUGCCAAGUCAUCAAGCUGUUUGCUCAGAAAUUACAGUAUUUCUCCCAUCAUGAAGUUGGUACAAGGUGAACACCUCCUUUCUCUGCCUACUGUGGAAUUAAAACCCUGUAAAGUUAAAAUGAUUUACAGUAUUAAGUUCCCAGUGAUCUUGAAUUUUACAGCUGACAAUAUUUAAUGCUAACUGCCUUAUCUUCUAUCAUAGAUGAUAAGCAUCUAUCAUAGAUGAUAAGCAUAGGCAGUUAUCAUUAAAAUAACAACAUAAGACAGGUUGCCACUAUUUUGCUUGUUCAUUGUACCAAGGACUUUAUAUUACAUUAUAUAACGUCUUUGGUUGUAAAGAUUGAAGAAAACAUGGUUCAUGGAGAUACAAUUGUAUGUAAAAUACAACAUUGCACAAUUAUUCAUUAUUACUAUCUUACUGUAUCACCACCUUGUUUGGGCUAUGGCAAAAUGAAACAGCAGUCACAAAGAUAAAGAUGACACUUAUAUGAUUACAUGCAUGUGUAAAGCCUUCAGCAGUGUUUUCUUAGCUCCAUAUACUGAAGUUUGUAGAUAAAACCUAUUGAGCUAUAUGGUAACAUAAAGGAGUUUUAAUGAAAACUACUGUUUUAUAGUAUGAACUCAUCACACAGAAUGCAGCACUGCAUAUAGACAGGUACAUUAUCUUACCAUUAUAAGACUUAGAGAUGCAUCUCUGAUAAAAUGAAGGAUCACAAUAACUGAAAUUUACAACAACAGACAACUUGUACAUGUAUCAGUUACAGCUAGCAUAAAAUACAAUGACUU